AUGCCAUUGGGCCCCGGGCAACUAAAAAUUGUCUCUUUGUCUUCAGGUGGUGCUGCAGCUGAUGAUCUGAAGUUUCUUGCAAAUAACAGCAUCAACAUGGACUUUGAAACCUUCAUCGGGUUGAAUCCAGAAGAAGUCAGGAACCUGACUUCCCAGGAUCUGAUUAACCUGCUUGGAAUUAACCUUGGGGAUCUUCAGCGUGGCGCAAAUGAAACUGUCGUGGUCGUCUGGGUGGCCGCACACACUGAGUCUGAAGUCAGGAGACUGGGAUUGACAGGCGGAAUUCCUGAAAUUUCACCAGAACCGAGACCUACUGAUAGGCCUGGAAAUACCACAGAUAAUGAAACAGCGCUGUGCCGAGCUGUGAACAGUUCUGCUUUGAAUAAUUUCCUGAUUAAUGUUAACAAGACCCAACUGUGCAAUUUCAACAUUAAAGACUAUGCAUGCGCUCAGACUGAUCUGCUGCGUUCAGGUUUAAGUAGUGAUGCUUUGACAAGUAUAUUUGAGUGCUUUGUUGGUCCAAAGGCUCUGAACAGGUCAGAUGAAAUGGCACUGACUGUGUUUGUUCAGAAACUUAACAGAGCCACUUUGAAUGAGGCACUGGACGACUUCAACAACAAGACCCUGAACACAUCAUUGAUUCCAUUGAUGGCAAAGAUUACGUUCAUGAAUGCUCUGUGGGAGGUUGUGAAGACCAAUGAAAACUUAACCAAUGCAGAUUUCCUGAGGAAAUGGUUCCAAGAGAGACUCAGGCCUUUCAUUGCUGGUAUUUCCCAGUCAGUGCUGAACCGCCUCCUGAUGAGGAACAUAACCUGUGAUGGUUUCCAAGCUGUUGUAAAAGGACUGAAUAACGGAUUCAGUGAGAUGCCACAAGAAACAAGAAAUACCGUGGUAAGAGUGUGGAUCUUUGGUUACCUGAACCACACAGACGCUGCUUGUAUCAGCAACACUAAUGGUUCGAGGGAUUGGCUGAAGAAGAACUGGGGCAGGUUCGGCCAACUUGUUCAGCUUGACGAUUUAACCAGGCUGAAUCCAGAGUUCAAUGCACUUGAUGCAGCAGACUUACUGACACCUUCCCAGCUUGGAGAAUUUGCUGCCAAGAACGGAACAUUGACUGACGUUGAGGAUGUGCAGAGGCUUUUCAAUACUAUCACCAGUGCCACUGUUACCGAGUUCAUUGAAAAAUUCAGAACUACUGCCAAUCAGAACAAUGUGGACUUCCCUCCUGGUGUCAGAUCGGCUUUACUGCGAGAAGUUCUGAAUCGGGCACAGCCGAUUCUUUCAAAUGCUAGCAGUGGCGAGCUCCAGAUCUGGUUUAGCAUGAGGCUGCAAGUGCUUCUCCCAGGACUCACAGAAAACAUCGUGCCUUUAGUAUUUGCCACGGAGAGCUGCAAUGGAUCUCAGAUCAUUGUCUCAACAUUGAGCUCAAUAAAACAGCAGCUGACCGCAAGUGUACAAGAAACUAUAUAUAGAAAUAUACUGGCUUAUACUAAAGGAAUCCCUCUACGCUGUUACGAAAACAACAGUUUCAGCCUUUACCUGAACAGCCAGUUUGGAAAUUUCUCAGAGUUUCUAACUCUGUCUGACGUGUCAUCGUUUGUUCCUUCUAACCGUACAGUGGAGGUGUUUAAUACUGCUGACCCCAGUGAUUUUGCUGACUUGUUCAGCAGACCUGGAUUCAUUGAUGACAAUGACAUUCUGAAAAUGGUGCUAAUGAAUUAUCAACCCAUCCAGAAUUUGGCAACGUUUGUAGAUCAGUUCAAUCUAAAGACACAAAAUGAGAACUUGACAGAUGCUAACCAAGCUGCCAUCAUUGAGGGUCUGUGGCCACAGUUUGUUAACAGCCUGUCUAUACUCAAUGACUCAGAGCAAGAUGUAUGGCUUAAUGUCAGACUAAGUCCUUAUCUGUCUUUCCUUACCACUGACCUCCUGGUUUCCAACAAUACGCUUGAAGUCCAGUGCCUCCCUUACAGGAAAAUUGUGAGAACUCUGAGUGCUCGUUACAGUGACUUAACAUCAGAAAAGCAGAACGAAAUCUAUAAUGGGAUCAAUGUGUAUCUGCAACAAGAGCCCAAACCAAAAUGCUAUGAUGUGAAUGACCCAGUCUUGAACUCCACUGCCUGGUUUGCUCAAUAUCUGGGACUCUUCAUGAAUAACGUGACAGCAUCUGAUCUUGAGUCGUUCACCAGCAAUGCGUCAAUUCUUCAAGACUUCGCAGCAAACCCUGAGAACCUGCUACUCCUAAAGAAUUUGACAUUACCCGUUGAAAUCUCAAAGCUCUAUCUUACUUUCCUGGUGAAUGGCAACCAAAACAUUGAUGUCCUGAGCAUUCCAGAUUCUCUUAUUUGCUUCGCUGCUGGCACAGACAUAUUUGAAUCCUUGAGUGGAGAGCAGUCCUUGUCUGUCAUUGAAAGGGUAAACCAAGUCUGUGGGUUCAACACAUCGUCCAAUGAAACAUUAUCUCAAACAACUGAUGAACAGAUCAAGCUUUCAAAAUCAUUAGUGAGUAGAAUCAGCAACUUUUCGGCCAGCACUCUAAAUAGUUUGCAGCAAACAGCAGUCGGACUCUCAGUGUCACAGAUUGAAGAAACUGACGCAAAUAAUUUUAAGGCAUCUCUGCCAAGUUUGAGUUCUGUCAGAGGAUGGAACCGUGGCCAAGCCAAUUCCAUUGUGUCCAAGUUAUCCAUUAGUGGUGUAGAGCUCAAUACCACAAACAAUCUACUUGAACUUGGAACCUUGGUGCAAGGUGUUCCAAGCAGGGUUUUUGAAACUGUUGAACCCAUAGUUCUUGUCAAUGUGACUUCCAGUCCUACGUUUGUCAGAAAUAUUCUGGUAGCACCACAACCGACACAGCAGAUUAUUGUUCUCAAGGUUUUGCAGACUGAAAUUAAUCCAUUAAGAGCAGUGCGGAAGAUUCCAAAUGAACUCGUUCAUCAGAUCUCACGUGUGCACCUGACAUCAGACCUCAGUCUUAAUGAUGUCAAUAAUAAACAGUGGGUGCCACAACAAGCUUCUGUAUUCUUUGAAAACAUUGUAAGAAAAAAUAAUGAUUACAUCAGAUUCUCACCUUCCGUCCUCCAAGGCUUCAGUUGCGGUGCAGUCAGAAAACUGAAUGUAGUGACGUUUCGUCAGCUUGUUCAAGCAAUGAAGGGUAAAAGGGCUGUGUAUGACGAAAGUCAGCUGAGCUGUAUGGCAUUUAGACUAACCUCUACUGGAACACCAUCAGAGAUAGACACCUUCCCUGACGAUGUUUUGCUGUUUUUUGAUUCUACUGAAUUCAGGAGUUCUGCAAACUGCAAGUCAUUCUUCAGAGCUAUUGGAAGAGCAAACAUUAAUGUAUUACGAAAAGGAGCAAGAAGAAGACAAAAGCUGUUGACUGAUGCCUUGGCCUGUUUGAAUUUUAAUGGUGGAAAGCUAACAAGGGAGAGUGUUACAGUAUUGGGUGAUUUGACCUGUGACCUUGAAGGCUCCGUUAUUGAAAACAGUGACAUUACUAUUUUGGAUUCAUUGAGGAAUUGCAACUCGUACUCCGAAGAUCAAAUGAAUGCAAUUGAAAAAGUUUUGAGCACCAGAGUAACCAGAUUUGGUUCUCCUAGUUCAUGGACAUCCCAGACGGUGAGUCGGCUGGGAAACCUGCCUUUCGCAUUGACCUCAACAUGGAAUCAAGUGAACCAGUUAGUCUUUUCUGAAGCCGUCCCAAGAUUUAUUCGGAAACUGAAACGGUUUACAAAGUCCAAAGAUGUAGUCAGGUUUUUAAAGCGGCUCAGACAAAGAAGAAGAGUGAGGAGAGCUACAGGAUGUACAGUGGGACAGAUAACAGCGGAAGCCAUUAAUGAGUUGACCCCAGUAAACUAUGAUGCCGCCCAGUUGGAAGUCUGUUUGAGUAAUACUUUAUUAAAGGGUAAUGUGGAGGAACUGGGAGCGCUUGACUUUGAUUCUGAUCAGCUUCAAGUUCUGAAAACCAAACUCAAUCAGAUUUACCCUAAUGGAUUACCAGAAAACCAGAUUCAGUUGCUGGGGAACAUAUCAACAGUGUUUAAUGCAACAGAAGUCAGCAGCUGGAAUAUCACUCAAGUUGAAACACUUGCUGCAUUAAUGAUGCAACAGCUGGAAAACACAACGGUUAAAAGCAUUAUUACAAGAUAUCUAGAGUUGGGUGGAACUCUCAAUGAAGUUUCUGUGAAAGCAAUUGGUGGGCCAAACCUCUGCACUCUGGAUGAAAGCCAGCUGAUGACUAUUUCAAAAUUGACGAAUGCUGGAAGUCUGGAUAUUUCCACCUGCACUCAAUCAAAGAAGAACCUACUCUACAGCCAAGCAGCAUCUGAGUUAAUAUCUCAGCGAAAUAACACCAUCGCCUACUUCAACCUAAUCAAGUCAUAUCUUGAUGGUGCCAGAGCAUCUGAUCUGGAGUUUCUUGCCAAUAAUGAUGUCAACAUGGACUUUGCCACCUUCAUAAAGCUGAAUCCUGAAGAAGUAGCAAAACUUUCUGCAGAGCAACUGAAAGGCUUGCUUGGGGUUAACCUCCAAGCUCUUCAAACUGGAGCCAAUGAAACUGUGGUGUUAGCCUGGGUGAACUCACAUUUGGAAUCUGAAGUGAGGCGUGUUGGCUUGACAGGAGGAAUUCCAGAUCCUUCGUCAGAUCCUCAAUUUAAUUUCAUGUGUGGCAAUACUACAUUUAAUGAAACAGAAGAAUGUGCAGCAGUAAACAGUUCAGCUGUGAACAGUUUUCUGAUGUCUGUUAACAGUUCCAAACUAUGUAAUUUCAACAUUGCAGAAUAUGCAUGUGCUCAGAGUAAUCUACUACUGGCAGGUCUAACCAGUGAUCACUUGACCUCUAUAUUCAAAUGCUUUACUAUCACAAAGGCUUUGGAAAAUCGAGAUGAAAUAGCGCUGGGUGUAUUCAUUCAGAAGCUGGACAAAACUACCCUGAACGAGGCACUAGACAAAUUCAACAAUGUGACCUUCAACCCACCACAAAUUCCAUUGAUGACAAAGAUCACAUUCAUGAACGUCCUGUGGGAGAUUGUGAAAACCAAUGGAAGCUUAACUGAUGUAGAUUUCUUGACAAAAUGGUUCCAGGAGAGAUUCAGACCUUUUCUUGCUGGUAUUCCCAAGUCGGUGCUGAGCUGCCUUCUGAUCAGGAACACAACAUGUGAAGGUUACCAAGCUGUCAUGAAAGGACUCAAUAAUGAAUUCAACGAGAUGCCACAGGAAACAAGAGAUACCGUGCUAAAUAUGUGGAUCCUCAUCUACCUUAACACUACAGGUGCAGGUUGUAUCACCAAUACUAAUGGGUCCAGAGACUGGCUGAUGAAGAACUGGGGAAGAUUUGGUCAACUUGUUCAAAUAAAGGAUUUAACCAUGCUAAAUUCAAAUUUCAGUGGAUUUGACGUGCUGGACUUACUCACUCCAAGGCAACUAUCUGAGCUGACUGUGAACUCAAAUGCUUUGAGCAACACUGAUAAUAUCAACAAGAUUCUUGAUACACUUUCAAACAGACGCUUUAGUGAACUGAGGACCUACAUGAACCAUUUUGUGAAUGACACGCAAACUAUGGGUAUUUCUGCUAUUCAGAACGAAACAGUGAGGGACUUGAUGCUGAGUAAGAUCUUGCAGCAGCUGACACCCCAGUUUCCACAAUUUAACACCACAGACUAUGCAGACUGGUUCCAGACUAACCUACUACUUCUGCUGCCCAGCAUUAAAGCUAAUGACCUGGCUCUUAUUCCGACCAACAUAUCCUGUGAAUCAAACCAAGCGAUAAUUAAAGGACUGGACAAUGUUUUCACAGAUUUAACAAUGUCUCAGAUCACUAAUGUCUACAAACUGAUAUCAAAUUAUCUCUCAAAGCAACUCAAUUCAACAGGUAAUGUGCCGGAAGCAAAUUAUAGUAAUUUGCAGUGUGCAGUUAUCAUCUCAAAGCCUGUAAAAUGUGUUCCCUUCAAUUAUCUACCGAAUUCUCUUUGA